AUGGAUAUUGCCAUGAUGACAUCAAUAAUUUCUUUACCAGAUUUGAAAGCACAACCAAAUCCCAGUAUGCAGCCAACUUUUGAGACUUACGAAUACGAAUACGAUUUUGAUGAGCGUUUAAUACACAUAUCACAUUUGCAUGAAGACAACGUACCGGCUAGUCAAAAAGCUGAAUCUGCGAACGAAAAAGAGAUUCCAGAGACGUAUACUUACGAAUACGAAUACGAUUUUGAUGAGCGUUUACACAUAUCACAUUUGCAUGAAGACAACGUACCGGCUAGUCAAAAACCUGAAUCUGCGAACGAAAAAGAGAUUCCAGAGACAUUUGAUGCUCGAACAAAAUGGGAAGGUUGUUGGUCCUUAGAAGAAGUUCGUGAUCAAUCAAAUUGCGGGUCAUGCUGGGCAGUUGCAACGGCAUCAGCCGCGUCUGACAGAUUGUGCAUCGUUAGGAAGUGGUAUAAGAAACAAAAUGAUGAUUUUGAUAAUCCUUAUCAGGAUGAGGUUUCCGCUGCUGAUAUCAUGUCGUGCUGUUUGGAGUGCAGAAGAGAAGGCGGAAACGGAUGCGACGGAGGAUCCAUAUUCAAGACGUGGGAGUAUCUGAAGAAUGUGGGAGUGUGCAAUGGAGGAUCUUGGAAUGCGGAGUUGGUUCCUGCUGUAUUGUGUUCUUGCCGCCCUGAUGAAUGUGUAGCUUAUGCUUAG